GACAUUCUGAUCGGACUGUAUUCCAGCCUUUCGACACAAAGUAGAUUGUCCAAGUCCCAGACACAAUGGUAAGUGAACGAUACAGAAUUACAGAUAAGAGCAGUGUGCUGAAUUCGUUCUCAAAAAUCAGGGCAAAGCAAAGAAGACGAGGCAAUUUGCCGCCGUCAAGCGAAUGAUUAAACCCAGUGAUCCGAGAUUGAAAGAGAAUGUUGAAAAGGCGGCUAAGAAGGCAGAAAAGGAGAAACAGCUGGAAGAGAAGAAGAGGAUACCUCAAGUAUCAGCGGCCAUGUUCUUAGCGCAUAACAAGGAUCUUGGACCACCAUUCAGAGUACUCGUCGAUACGAACUUUAUCAACUUUUCGAUUCAGAACAAAAUUGAGCUGGUGCAAGGGAUGAUGGAUUGUCUCAUGGCGAAGUGCAUACCUGUCAUCACGGAUUGCGUAUUGGCAGAGUUGGAAAAGCUUGGACCAAAGUAUAGAUUGGCCUUGCGUAUAGCGAAGGACCCUAGAUUUGAGCGAUUACAUUGUGAUCAUUCAGGGACAUACGCAGAUGACUGCCUUGUUCAGCGGGUCUCCUUACACCGAUGUUAUGUCGUAGCCACCUGCGAUCGAGAUCUCAGACGGCGGAUACGGAAAGUGCCAGGCAUACCCCUGAUGUAUGUUGUUAAGCACAGAUAUCAAAUAGAGAGAUUACCAGAUGCUGGCUCAUCAUUCCACUGAGGAGGAUUGAACCGCCGCGUCCUCAACUGUUGUAUACACACUACUUGUAAAUGCAU